GCGGGACCGCGGCGCUCGGGGUGACGCCAGGGCGUCAGGCGCGGCAAGAUGGCGCUCAACAGGAACCACUCGCAGGAAGGCGGUGUCGUUAUCCCCAAUGCCGAGAGUGUUCUCAAACAGUGUAAAGACGUGGAGCUCUCCUUCAGUGAUGUGACAGGCAAGCCCGAAGCCUUCAAAGGCACCAAGAAAGGGAUGCUGUAUCUCACCCCUUACAGGAUGAUCUUUGUGUCAAAGGGCAAGGAUCCUAUGCUGUCUUUCAUGAUGCCCUUUUAUUUGGUGAAAGGAUGCUCAGUUGAGCAGCCUGUUUUCUCUGCCAAUUACAUCAAAGGACAGAUUCAGGCCGAGGCAGGAGGUGGCUGGGAAGGGCAGGCGACAUUUAAACUGACUUUCAACAGUGGAGGAGCCAUUGAGUUUGGACAGCUGAUGCUCAAAGCUGCCUCUAACGCUUCCAGUGGAGUUCCUCUCCAGACCCCUGGCUAUGGCUAUACACCCAUGCCCGGGGGGUACGCGCCGGCGCCUGGGGGCUACGCGGCUCCUCCACCACCCAACGGGCCGUAUCCUUACCCACCACCUCCCAUGAGUGCCUAUGGACCUGCCCCACAGCCCAUGGGAUAUCCAUAUGCCCAGACUCCAGGUAUUUACCCACCACUUCCAAACAUGACCCCAGCGUAUGUGCCGCCUCCUCCCCCCUACUACGGGCCAUCUCCUGCAGGACCCUCGGCCCCCUCCGCACCCCCAGGGAUGCCAGGAGGCAGUCAGGUCAUGGAGGCCACUUCCAGUGUGUAUUACAACCCUGCCAACCCCCACAACGUGUACAUGCCCAUGGAUCAGCCACCUCCUUAUGAAACUCCUGCAGAUAAGAAGAACAACUAACAGAAGGAAAUUGCAACCAGCCUCCCACACUCUCUUUCCCUGAGGACAACUUGGCUGUUACAACCCCUCGGGUUAGCGUAUCUCUAGGCCUCUUUUUAUGUAUACAGUAUAUAUGUAGUGCUGGGCAGCUGAGCACCUGCUCUCCUUAAACAUUAAGCCACUGGAAUAACAAUAAUACAAGGUGGAACAACAGCACUUUCCUGCUUAUUUGCUUUAUCUCCCAGGGUCGAAGCACUAACCUUUUGCUCUGCCAUUGGACAGAGGAAAGAGAUGGACUUCUUAAACCACCAGUAGAUCACAUCACUAACCUAGGACUAAAAUACAAAGGCCAUGGGACCUUGGAGUAGUAGUACUUGGAGUGACAAACUUUUGGUUUCUUCUGAAGCACCAUCCAAAGGGAAAGGGUACAGAGAGCCACGAGAUUCCUUGCAUAGACCCUUGGGUGCCCUAGAAAGGUGUUAAAUUCCCUUAAAUUCACGCACAGCUCAGCGUGAGAUGGGACUCUGGAAAUCCUGUGUUGUGCUGGAAGCGUGUGCUUCAUGUCCUGGACUAACACUCAUGUGCUGAACUUGGGAAGUGCACCCUGAGAGACACAAAGCGUUUGGCUGUGUGAGAGGGAAGGAGCCGGGCCCCAGCCAGCCCACCUUUGGAAUGGAAUGGAAAAGCCAACAAGGGUGCGCUGCAGGCUGGGAGCUGGUGCUGGCAGGCACAGCUCAGCCUCCCUUUCACUCUCUUGAAGUAGAUCCCACAUCUAUGCUCUGAGCAUGUGUCGAGCAGCCACUCUGCAAGUGUGAUGGAGUCGAGUGCUGCAGAGGAGGCUGCUGGCCUGGGAGCAAAAGAUGUCACCUUAGGAAGGUGGCUUGGUGUCAGCCUUGUCAGGAGAUGGACCCCACAGCCCUGGCUCCUGCUGUGGGCUGGCUCCAUGGGGGGAAACUGCCUUCCAGCUUUGCCUUGUGCUGCUGCAGCUGGCACCUGUGUGCCUGUGUCUGAGUGGCGUGGAGGCUGCGAUACCAGAGCUGGGCUGCCCUCAGAUGGGAACUGCUGCCUGCUGGGUGUCUUACACUCAGCUCUCUCACCGAGAGUGGCUGCUCAGCCACCACCUUUCCUUCUUCCUUAGGACGUAGUGCCAUUAAACCUGAUCUGAAGAGUGUCUCUUGUCUGGUGGAGACCCUUGUGGUCCUUUACUAAUGGGGCAGUUGUGCUUCUUCCUGCAGCCUCCCUGCCUUCACAGUGAGGGGGAGGGAAUGUUUUCCCUCUUGCUUCCCUGUGUGCCAGGGCUCUCCUGGAAGUCUGGUUUGCAAAACUUGCAGGUGUGAAUUCCUAAAGCAGCACUGCAUGGGAGGAAGUGAAUUUCCUUAUCUAUAAACACCUUGUAAGUCUGAGUUAACGAGAUAUUCUAUAACUCUGUAUUUAAAAUUCAGCCAUGAAUGUUUGUAACUUUUUGAAUUGCACUUUAAUACAGGAGAGUUGAUACUUUUA